AUGAGAAACAUUUUAUGUCUAAUGAGAAGACGGGACGCUAGUCCAAUCACCCUCUCCAGAACACUGUGCAUUCAGUCUCCUGCCGUGUCUGCAUAUACCCCAAGGAGAGCAAUGUUGUACGUACCUGGCAACGACGAGAGAAAGUUGAAGAAAAUACCAACUUUGAAGGCAGACUGUGUGUGUAUGGAUUGCGAGGAUGGGGUGGCCCUCAACAGAAAGGAAGAAGCCAGAAAUACAAUAUGUACAAUGUUGGAUGAACUAGAAUUGCCAUCGUACAUGGAUAGAGCAGUGAGGAUUAAUUCUAUAGAUAAUCCAACGCUGGCUGAAGAAGAUCUGAAGGUGAUUAUGAAAGCUAAGAGAUUACCAGCUACCUUGAUGGUACCAAAGGUCAAUGAACCUCAACAAUUACAUUGGGUAGCUGAGAAGUUAAAAGAAGUGUUAUCAGAUAGACAAUUAUCCCAACCAAUGAAAUUAGUUAUAUUUAUAGAAAGUGCUAUAGCGUUAAUACAUCUUAGAGAAAUUUUACACCAUGGGAUGGAUUUAUCAAAAGAUGGCCCGUUCAUGCUAGAUGGUGUGGUUUUUGGAUCAGAUGACUUCUGUGCUGAUAUUGGUGCUUCUAGAUCAUCUGAUGCAUCUGAGUUGAUAUAUGCCAGACAGAAAGUAGUGACAACAGCCAAAGCAUACAGACUACAAGCAAUAGAUUUAGUUCACAUCGACUUCAAGGAUUCUGAAGGUCUGAAAAGACAGUCACUAGAAGGAGCUAGAAUGGGUUACACUGGUAAACAAGUGAUUCAUCCAAAUCAGAUUUCCAUUGUACAGGAAGCAUUUAGUCCUAGUACGGAGAAGAUAGAAUGGGCACAGGAACUUGUCAAAGCAUUUGAGGAUCACCAGUCUAGUGGAAAGGGUGCAUUUACUUUUCGGGGCAGUAUGAUUGACAUGCCAUUACUUCUACAAGCCAAGAAUGUACUACGCAUGGUGGAUGCAGUGAAACAACAGUAAAACGCCUACCAAUGUGUGUAUUAGAAGCUAGGAAUAACUGAAGUUAUUCGUUACUGA